CAAAUUGCUAUGUAGAGUAAUGAAAAUUCUUUUUUCUCUCCGACAAGAUAUAUUAUUAUUAGAUCCCAAUCUUCUCCGCGUAUUCUUCUCUCUCUUGGGUUGGACCUCCGCAGGAUAAGAGAAGACGGAGCAGCGAGAGAGGGCGGGCGGCAAAGGAAAGUUUCUUCUUCUUGAACCUUCCCCUUGGGAGGAGAGAGAAGAAGUUACUUGCACCCUUUUAGAGAGAGAAGGCUGACCCGUACGAUACGACAUGGAUUCAGUUCCUCCAACCGGACCCAACGACGGCUCGGUCGUCGUCGCUCACAAAGAUGUUGAGGCCUACGCGUUGGCGGUCGAUCCCUUCUUGGUUGAGGCUCUGCAAAACCCUCGUCAUCGUCUCACCAUUCUGCGGAUGGAACUCGAUAUUCAGAAGUUUUUGCAGAACACCGAGCAGCAGCAGUUUGAGUUUCAACAUUUCCCUACUUCCUACCUCCGUCUUGCAGCACAUCGUGUUGCUCAGCACUAUGGCCUGCAGACUUUGGUUCAGGAUAAUAUCUUAGAUGGUCUUGGUACUAAAAUUGUGGUCAAAAAGUUGCCAGAAAGCAGAUACCCUGCUGUCCGUUUAUCAGAAGUACGUGCUAAACAGACAGAAGAUGGCAAACAUGAGCACAUUAAAAUUGUCAUGAGGCCAAGGCAUAAUAAAGCUUCCCUAAAUGGAGAGAGUGAAACAGGAGUCAAACGGAGUUCCUUGAGGACUGUGGAAGAGAGGAAGGAGGAGUACGAUAGGGCACGAGCCCGCAUUUUCAGCAGCCCUAGCAGCCCCGAGUUAGAAGAAUACAUGUAUCAGGCUCCAUUAGAUGGGAAGAAUAUCUGUAUAAAUGGAGAAGAAAAUGAAGCUUCCAGAAAUUACAUGUUUGAGUUAGAGAAAUCCCUCAGUGUAAGGGAUGGUUGUACUUCUUCUCGUGUCGCCAUUCUCAGAGAUAGGGAGAAGGAUCGUAUUGAUCCAGAUUACGACCGGAGUUACGAAAGGUAUGUUAAGAAUGUUCCAGCCAACCAAAGCUUCAUGGUGCCAUUCGAUAUGCAGAAGUUUCAACCUCCAUUUGUGCAAUAUGAUACUGGUUUUCCUCAUUUGGGUCAGAUGCCCAGAACCCAAGCUUCUCUAAGCUACAGAACCCCUAUCAUGGGACCUUUAUGUUCCACAGGAUUCAAUCAGACAUCUAGGGAUGCUGUCUAUAUGCAGUGGCCGACUUCUGCUAUGAUGUAUGCACAGUCAUAUGAACAAUUUAGACAUGCUGUUUUUCAGGCCCCUUACAUUCAGCAGCCUCUGAGCUUUGAUUACUCUCAAAACCAUUGAUUCAUCAGAUGUGAAAGUUUGUAUAACAGAACUAAAUACAGUGUCUUCUCCUAUUUAGAAUUGGCGUUAUGUUAGGUUACUUGUUGCUUAAGGACUUAGCAUAUUUCAAACCACAUUAGUCGGAGCGAUUUUCUUUUUUGGUGUGUCGAUGGAUCCAACUAGUUACUGAUGAGUUGUUAUUUUUUGUUGGCUUUAAUCUACCUUAUUUUGCAGUCUCA